AUACCUUUGUUCGUCGUCAUUCUGACUGGCCAGCGCUGGUGUCACUUUACCUUACUGAUCCCGCCUUCGCUCCCCCUUGCCCUCCUCGUUCCUAAGCCUGGUGUAACUUACACCUCAGUGUCAGUGCAAUGGGCUGUUGUGGUGGAAGGGACGUUUCCAAGGCAGAAUUCUAGAGGGGAUGUGAGAGUGCUGGUCAGGGGUUGAGGCCGCCUCAUAUGCUGCUGGGAGAAAACUUUGAAUGUGUGUGGAGUCCAAGGAAGACAGCAGGGGAAGCGAAGAUGCUGACAUGCCAAAAACUUGGAAGGAGAAACUGACUGCUAUGGAUGAUAAACUAGAAGAGAUAUUUGGAGAUGAUGUGGAGAACAGAUCAAUGGAGGUCUACGAUGAGAUGGUUACAGCGAUGGCUGGAAGUAUCUAUUCAGAACUGGAAAAACUGAUAGGAGACUAUGGGCAAGGGGCUGUCACAGGCCUCAUGCCCUUAUUGGUGACUGUACUGGAGAGUCUGGAGGCGACCUGUGCUCAGGCUCGCGAGAGAGAGGAACAGUUGGAGCUGGUACAGGAGGACAAGCAGAGGCUGCUGAUUCAAUAUGAAAGGGAACGUGAUGGGAGAAAACGAGCUGAGGAGAGAUGUAUGGAAAUGGAAGAUGGCAUUGAGCAGGAGAGGAAGCACUACAAAGCCAAUCUGCUCACUAUGGAAGCUCAGACCAAGAACAUGGAGAUGAAAGCAAGGAGCUACGCUGAUCAAAUUGUUGGCCUUGAGGAGCAAAGGGCUCAGCUGACUAAAGAAUUAUCAUCUCUGACACAAGUUCACACCAAGGUAAUGAAGAGCUACAAGGAACUCCGGAGCCAGAGAUCUCUGUCCAUGGAGGCUGGUCGCCUUUCUGGUCGCAAUACUCCGCUUCAGGGCAUAGAAAAGAAGACAUUGCUUCUGGAUUUUCAGGAGGCACCAUUGUCCCUGGAAAGUGUUCCUGAUCAUGAAUGUCCAGAAAGUCCUAACAGCCAUACGGAAUUGUCCAAAGAGGACAAGACAGUCAGUAGUCAAACCAGCUCCGAUUCUUUGACAGUUGCACAAACCACCAAUGAGGCACAUGGGAACAAAGACAGAACCCUGGAAGAUGAACUAAUUCCGGAGGAGAACAAUCAUAAAAAUAGUCAAGACUCUACAAAGCCAGAGAUCCAGACUGUGGUUGAUGACAUCAUUGAUUCCACUCCUGAAUUAAAUCUGAAUCCUGAACUGUUUGAGGCCAGUAUCCCAGUAUCCCAGCCUGCGGAGGAACAAGAAGAGGCAGAGCGCAACAAUGACUCUCUCUUUGAUGAAUUUUACAAGACAAGUCCGGAGUUCAUUGCAGAUGUAGAUGACGGUGCUGACAUGUCAGGCCUUGGUAAUCCAUUAGAGGCUCUUAUGAUGGAGAACACACAGCUACGAGAUACACAAAUUGAAAUAGACAUGGCUAGAAAGAGUCUUAUUGCACGAGUAGAGGAGCUGACAGUAGAGAGAGAGGCACUGAAGCACGAGAAUGAAAGUGUUACUCAGAGUUUGAGUCGCUGUGAGUCCAGGCUACGGGAGACUGAACAGGACUUGCAGAGGAGUCGACUCGAGCUGGAUGAAGCCAGAAAAAUGAGCAGCGAAGAUGCUGAGGUAGAUGUCCCUGCAGCACAGAGGAAGCGUUUCACUAGAGCAGAAAUGGCACGAGUGCUCAUGGAAAGGAACCAGUAUAAGGAGAGGCUGAUGGAACUUCAGGAUGCAGUGCGCAGAACAGAGAUGCUGCGUGCUUCAAAAGAUGUCCAAGCUGUACAAAUGAAAAAAUCUUCCUUCUGGAAAGUCUUCGACAGAUUAUUCAGCUCCUCCGGCGGACCACAAGGAAAAGUUGUGGGACCAGCAACAACAUCUGGUCCUGCUUCAGAUAGGGUUCAGCCUGCUUCUGCUGUAAUGUACAAAGAGGGUCGGGGAAGCUACAAUGUCCAGAGCCAGUCUUUAAGUUUUCAUGCACGCAGUACCUCACAUACAGAUUGCGCCGAUGGAGUUUCAGCUAGAGGGAAAAAGUAUAAGCUUUAUCGGCAAAUUCGUUCUCACAUCUGGAGUGAGCAUGGAAAAGCUCAGCUUUAUGGCUGGAGCCUGCCUCCUGCAGUGGGCAAAAAGAGUGAUCCUCAAGGAACAGAUGAAAAUGAAAUGAAAGGUUUCCCUGUGUUAGUGCAGCUUCGCCUGCUGGACCAGAAGGAUCCAAGCACUAAACUCUGGUGUGCGACUGGAAUAGAUCCUUUGUGUGCCUCAAGCGCAGCAAACAAAAAUAGUGAGCACGUGCCCAGCUUAGUGUGGAUCUGCUCAGGUACCCACUCUGCCAGUGAGAUGAUGGUGAUCGAUGCCAGCUCUGGGAAUCAUGUCAUGGACCAGUUUGUCAUUCCCAAUAAUCAUGUACUGUGUGUCACCAGUGUGCCAGCUUACAGACUGGAUGAUUUGGAUACACAACAAACUGAAGAAGAAGGCUGUUACCUAAGUAGCAAGGAAGCCACUGUUUGGCUUGGAACACAGGAAGGAAGCUUGUUUCUACAUUCUGCACAUUCAUGUUGGCGAAACUGUAUUCAGAAGACACAGCUUAAAGAUGCUAUCUAUAGUAUUACGUAUGCUAGCAACCGUGUUAUUGCUAGCUUGGGAGACGGGACACUUGCAAUAUUCAGUCGAAAUGCCGAUAGGAAAUGGGAUUUGGAAAACCCCAAAGUUGUGGACUUCGGAAGACCUCAGCAAUCUAUCCGCUGUUGUGCAGCUGUACAGAAUGAAGUCUGGUGCGGUUACAGGAACAGAAUCUAUGUUGUAGACCCACGGACGGCUAAGAUCAAGAAAUGGUUUGAAGCCACCCCUCGCACAGAGAGCCAGGUACGACACUUGGCAGCAGCAAGGGAAGGUGUAUGGGUUUCUGUUCGACUGGAUUCCAUUUUGCGCCUUUUCGACGCACAGACAGGGCAGCCGUUACAGGAACUGGAAUUGGAGCCUUUCAUUCAUAAGAUGCUGGGCUCUAGCAGCUUGGGUGUAUCUAUGGCACAAGUGUCUGCGAUGUCGAUAUUCUGCAAUCGGCUUUUUGUUGGAACUACAAGCGGAGUGAUCCUUUCUGUCCCAUUUUCCAGAGAACAGGUGAAACGCUGCACAGAGGAAGAUGUAGUGGAGAAUGUGCCCCACAGCGGCUUAUAUUGUUCAAUAGAAUAUGCACAAGUCUGCUUCCACGGUCACAGAGAUGCCGUGAAAUUUUUUGCAUGUGUUCCAGGUUGCAUUAAUCCUUCCUCAUCAGAAGGAAACUGUAAAAGCAUGGAAAACUCCAGCGUGCUGGUCAUGAGUGGAGGGGAAGGAUAUAUUAACUUCAAGAUAGGGGAUGAGACGGGAGACACGGAUGAAGGGUAUGGGGAGCUAUUACUACCAAAUCCAAGGCACAGGAGGUCUGAAAGGAGCCAUCUCAUUGUCUGGCAAAUGCAGACCUGACCGCAGAGGAGCAGAUAUACACUACUGUUAAAACAACCACAUACUGAGAACAUUGAACUGGAAUUCUAAAUAUCGGUUGGCAGCUAAUGGAGGAGGCACUCAGUGUCUCUGUGAGCAGAAAAUCUCCUGCUACAUUGGUUACAAAGGACUGUGCCUUAAUGUAAAGUGAAUUUCCUGACAUUUCUGAACUUCCUGCAGUUCAGCGCUACCCUAAGAAGAAACCCCGUUCUGGAUGCUGUUUAUCUCCUGCGUUUGUGUAGAUAACAUUUAUAUCUCAGAGAAGAGACUGUCGUGCUGUAUUUUGCAGUGUUGCACUUUGAAAUGCCUGCAUAAGAGCUUGGCCUUGGUCAUACAUGGGGAAUGUCCCCUUUCAGUCCAGUCUCAUCCCACUGUGGCUAACAUUCAGGCAUUUUUGCUGUACCCCAAAGUAUAUAUUUUUAGCGUCCUUUUGUGAUAUUAUCAAGGUCUUAUUUCUUUUGUGCCAGGGUUGGUAUCCCCUAUGGGCAUUGCAUCUCAACACUGAGGAAUUGGCUCGGCUAGUAUUGAUUAAGAGGAUUCUGCAUCUGCCCGACACUGAAUGAGUUAAUUUUCUCUAGAUCCUAUCAAGAUGGAGCAGGGUUUGGGUUAAAGUGGACGGGGUGGGGACGUUCAGUGCUCAUUGCUCUGCUGUCUGGUACUGAGGCAUCUCUAAAUCAGUCAGGGAGGAGCCCAUUGUGGCUUGUGUUAGCGUGGGGUGGUGCUAUACUCCCGCCUAGCAUUGAAUGAGUUAAACUUCUCUAGACUCACUAACCAUGUUUACAGGUGAUAAGAGAAAGUGAAAGAUUGUAUUUGAUCUCAGGGCCCAUUUUUCUCUGCCUUAAGCUAAACCAACAUAUGUCUGUUCCAUGACCAUUCUGGAAAGGAUUGGGACAACGCAGAAGUCAAGAAAUACGAAUACGAGGUGACUACAGAACUUUUAUUAUGCCUUUCCUUAUAGAAUAAAUGUGUUUAUUCCACUGAGCUCCACAGAGAAAUCUAUUCUACAUGGGAUCGUAACCAUGAUAAAGACACGUAGCGCUUUGUACUAAACUCAAAGCAGUGAGCACAAGCUCUAAAGAGUGUUUCUGCACUUGUGUAGCCUUAUGUUGCGAUACUACAACUCCCAGCCGCCUGCCUCAUUCCUCCAUUAAUAGAUUGAAGGAUGCAGGUUUUCCAUGGCAUUGUGUUUCUACAUGUACAAUGUGUGCCGUUGUUUAUUGUAAAAGUACACUAAUUGGUUGUUUGUCAGAAGCCAAAAACUGCAAAUUUGAAGCAUAAAAUAUAGAGAGACAAAGUAUUCCUGUAUAUUCUUCAGUAUUAAAUCUAUUCGAAAGGUUGCGCUCUUUUAUUCUUUUACUGCAUACUUUUUUUUUUUAAUUUGACAAUUUGUUUUGAACGGUUCUGGUUGCUGUAAUUAAAUAUGACUUAUUUAACAUA